ACAGGGAUGGAAUGGACUAGCAAUUGCAACAGCCUGGAAGGUCAAAAUAAUUCAGACUGAGUUCUCUUGUUGUAGUAUGGCAGCAGCGUUCCUAGAUGGCAAGGAUGCAAACUCUCUCCUCAAACGUUUUCCACGGGCUAAUGGCUUCCUGGAGGAGUUCCGGCCGGGCAACAUUGAGAGGGAGUGUGCCGAGGAGAGCUGCAGCUUUGAGGAGGCCAAUGAAGUGUUUGAAAAUAAGGAGCGAACGAUGGAGUUCUGGAAAAACCGCAGCAUCUACACAGUGAACAGCAAUGCUGAUUCCCGCUCUGCGCGCCCGGACACUGUGUACAUGGUGGUGCCCCUACUGGGCGUGGCUCUUCUCAUCAUCAUUGCGCUCUUCCUCAUCUGGCGCUGUCAACUGCAGAAGGCCACGCGCCGGCGUCCGGCCUACACCCAGAACCGCUAUCUGGCUAACCGGAACGCCCGCAGCCUCCCGCGCAUCCUGGUGCACCGCGACCCUCCUUUGCAUUCAGAGAACUCUCACGCCAAUGACAGGCCCAGCAUGGUGGUCAGCAGUGGCGAGAGGGACGGGGCUUCGGUCACGCCGCAAGACGCCCAUCAUCACACCAGCCACUCUCAGAACAAUCGCUCCUUGUAUGUACAAGAUUCAUCUUUGUCCGUGGCUUCCCACCUGUCCGGGGCGACCCCACCGCCAUCCUACGAAGAAGUUACCGGCCACUUAGAGAGCAGCAGUGAUGAGACGACAACCCCCUACAGUGAUCCUCCGCCCAAAUAUGAGGAGAUAGUGCUAGAAAAGUGAGAGCCUUUAUGAAAGAGGACUCAUAUAGCAGUAACCAAACGUUAGGGAUGCACUGGUUCCCAAACACUUAUCCUAAUGUGGCUCUCACUCUGAACAGAGUGUGCAGGCUAUGUAUGUGACGGUCUCCUUGUGUCGUUGAUCGGUUCGUGGACUGCACUGGUAAACGUGGUUGUUUUUCAAGUCGCAAAGGGUCCUCCUGCCUUCACACUCAUGCAGCCUUCUCACCAUCUCCAUGUACCUUUUCACUCCUCCUUCGACCUCUCACACCACUACCCACAGCUGCAGUGGCUGCCCCUCAGAAAGAAAAUGUAUAGAAGUAAGUGAAGAAGAGAUAUAUCCCAAGUUGUGCGCUGCAUGGUAAUCGCAUCAGGCAUCAAGCUUCGGAGCCUGCUAGGAAUCGAAAGGAGUGUUCAUGCGGGAAAACAAGAUGAUGUGCCAAAUCUAAUUGGUGUAUCGUAGAAAUGUUCAGACACACUGAAUAUUUAUAGUGUGUGCGUGCUGUCCUUUCUUGUGUUCAUAAAGUCAUGAUUUCACAAUUCCCUUACACCACGUAUACUAAUUCCUGUGAAAUCUUAUACCAGCAGUAUCUCUGAUCCAUGCCAUCGUCCUUAGAAUUAGUAAUACACCCUUACUUGUAACACUGAUGGGAACAGAAUAAAUGCGAAAAACAACAUCCAAAUCACAUAUCUGUAAAAUUGAAGACCGUUGUGUGGAAAAUGCACUCACAGGUAUGCACACAAUUCGAUUGUUUACAGACACAUACACAGAAAUUUACAUAGAAUGUAAUGCGUUUGUUUCGUGUUGAGCUAGGCCUU